AAAUUUGUAUACAGUUCAAGAAUGAUGAUGAUAUUGAUGGUCCCUGUCUCCAAUGAUUAGAUUGGUAGAUGGAAGUAAAACUUGCAAGAAUUCCUAGGAAUCCAUUCCCAAAGUUGACAGUUUUUGUUUAGUUUUUGUUGCUUAACACUGAUGUUGCAACUACUGGUUGUUCAACAUAGAACAUCCAUGCCGUCUCUUUGCUUCAAAAUCAACCAAAAAAAAAAAAAACUCCAAAUCCAGACCAAACCAAAGCUAGAACAUGUUAGUGGAGGGUUGAGUCCAAAUUCAAACUGCCCAAUUAUGUGGGCUCUUUAAUUUGAAAUUUCCCAACAAUAUGGACGUUACAGUUUUCAUUUAUUUCAACAAGUGGGCCCCCAGAUGAAGCUGAAAAAAGGGUUGCUGCUCUUAGUUGAACCCACCUCAGACAAUAAAAAAGAUUGCCUAGAUUCUUGAACUUCUCUUUCUUUUCUCCAUAAGGCCUAUUUUUUCCACUAUUGCUUUUUUCAUUUUGAAUUUCAAAUUUAAAUGCUCUUUUUGAAUAUAUACUGCUAGAAUUAUUGCUAAAUGUUUGAAUCGUUUGAGGUUUGAAGCAUUUGCAAAGACAUGGGAGAAUCAGCUUGUCUCAUGCAACCAUUUUCUUAUACUGCCUGCAUUCCCAAUGAAGCCAAGGAGGGCAACCCAGUUCAUGCUCUUGGACAGUCAAUAUCUUUUGGGAGGUUUAUGUCAGAGUCCUUAGCUUGGGAAAAAUGGUCAACAUUUUCUAAUAACAAAUAUGUUGAAGAGGCUGAGAGGUACGCUAGGCCUGGAUCAGUUGCUCAAAAGAAAGCUUUCUUUGAAGCUCAUUAUAAGACCCUUGCAGCUAGGAAAGCAGCAGCCUUGCUCGAGCAAGCCAAUGCUGCAGCAAACAAUGCUACAGAAAGUGAAGCUGAAGAUGGGGUUCAGAUCAUGAACUCAAACUCUAAAAUGACAGUCCUUGACCAAGAAGUCAAGGCAUCAAGUACAGAAACUGGCUCCAUUUAUGAUAGUAAAGAGAAUAAUCCAAAUUCUGUCAAGUUUGAAAGCAGCAAAGUUGAAGAAACUGAUUCAGUUGCUGAACAGCAUGUUCUUUUGGAGACUAAUAUGAAGAAUAAAUCUUUUGAAAAGAAUGGGGUUGUUGACAAGGCUGAAAUUAGAGAUGUGGAGCUUAGAGAAACAACAACCCAAGUGAAGAAUUGUGUGAAAGUUAACCAGUCAAGACAGCUUAGAGAGUAUAAAGAAUUGGAGCUCAGUGAAGGAAUCCAAAUGGAGAAACCUCUACUUAAGAGUGCCAUUAUAAAUCAAGAUGAAUUUGAGGUGAAAAGCAAGAAAAAACCACCAUAUGCUUCCUUAAAGGUGUCAGCUUAUGCAAGAACAUCCAAGGUGCCAUCUUCACCUGCUAAAUUCACAGCUCCCAUUCGUCCCAACAAAGGAAAUAAUCUCACUCCGGUAGCCAAGAAGUCUGCAAUGGACAUUUCUGAUAGAAAGAGAUCAACUCCAAAAUCAAGCCACAAGUCUAUCACUUUCACCCCUGCCAAAGAAUUCAGUAGAUUAACUUCCACAAUUAUCCGGAAGAUAGAUGGUUCAAGGAUUGGUUCAAAUUAUAAAGCAUCUAAAGAAUGUUCAACACCUUUAAGGACUCCAAACACGGCUUCUACAAGUGGAAGACCAAAGCAAACCUCAGCCACUCCUUGGUCUGAAAACAGAAGUGCUCGAACAGCCGCUAAUUCCUCAGCCAGUGUGAGCCAAACAUCUCAUGGAAAAUGGCACUUUCUUCCUACAGAUUGUUCAAAGUUUUUGAGUGCCUGCAGAAACAAAUCGCAGUCCCCUGGUAUAUUUGCAUCUUUCAGUUUGGGAACUGAAGAGAGAGCUGCAAGAAGAAAACAGGCAAGGCUUGACAUAACCACCUGCUUUACAUUUGUGUUAUUUAAUGUACUUCAUUGGACUAUAUUCAUCAUUUCUCCAUCUUUUUUCAGAGGCUUGCAGAGAAAUUUAAUGUUAUUCAGGAACAAAAAGUACCGCAACCAACACUCAAGGUUACUUCUUACAGGAUAAAAUCGAAUCAUCUAAUCAUAUUCUAAUUCUAUAAAGCAUAUCUGAGGUAAAUAGGUUUUGUUAUUCUCUUUAUUCAUUUGCAGGAAAAAGCGGAAACAGAACUCAAGAAACUACGUCAAAGCUUUUGC